UGCCAGAAAAUUUCUGACAGAGCCUUUAAUCUCUUUCUCCCUAAUUACAAUAUAUAUAUAUGUAUAUGUUUUUAUAUUUAUAUUUAUAUUUAUACACUCGGCUCGCUUACCGUUCAAACCCAUCAAUGUAAUUCGUUUGAAGCUCAGAUUAUUUGCCAUGUUUGGGUUUUUAAUGGCUACUUAGAUAAGAUUCAUCACAUGUUUCUCAAUUCAAACUUAAUGGGCUGUUAUGGUAUUGAUUUCAACUUAAAAGGCUAUUUUUUUCUCCCAUUACAAACAACGGAGGUCAGGUUUCAACUUAAAAAGCUACGGAGAGUGUGUGAAUUGUAAGUUUUUUUUCGUUUGGUUGUUGGAGUUAGUAUGAAAAUGGAGUCUCAACAGCUUUCAUCAAACUCUGGAGAAGAAGGUGGUGGUGGGGUUGGAUCCCACAAGAGAGAGGAAGAAGGAUCAGACUUGAUCAAGAUGAAGGAUGGGAAGGCUGAGUUAACACCUGGUCAAUUGAUUGAGUUUCAGCAACAAAGUCUCAUCUUCGAGCACAUUAAAGCUGGCCUUCCUGUUCCUGUUCAUCUUGUGAUUCCUAUUUGGAAGUCCGUUGCUAGCUCUUUUGGGUCAGAUAUUGGUGUUAUAUAUAAACAAUAUCCUACCUUUGCAGGAUUUAGUACUAGGGAUUUUGGUUGUAGGAAUAUGAUGUAUCCGGAACCUGGAAGGUGCAGAAGAACUGAUGGAAAGAAAUGGAGGUGUAGUAAAAAUGUAAUUCCUGAUCAGAAGUACUGUGAGCGGCACAUUCACAGAGGCCGCCAGCGUUCAAGAAAGCUUGUGGAAGCUUCUCAGAGUGCUUCUCCAUCUGUUGGAACUUCAGACAAAGAUGCAGAGAAUUUUAAGACCAUGCUAACACAUUCUCAAAGUGAUCCCCAUCCCCAAUCACCAAGUGACCCUAAAAUCUCUGUUGCUGUUUCAACUGUUUUUCAACUCUCAACUCCAUCUAGCACCACCAGUAAUGUCAUCACCACCAGCACUGAUAGCAAAGACGACAAUACAAAUGAUGUUAAGUUUUUGGGGAUAAAUAGGGGCAACAGUAUGGUUAGAGGCAGUGUAGAUUCUGGCGUCACCAUUGCAAUUGCUGGCAAGGCAAACCCUGACCCCACUAUUUCCAUUACUAGUGUCGUCUCCCCAGUCAUCAUUUCCUCACCCACUGUUAUGACCAUUGCCACUAAUGACGGUGACAAAAAUGUUAGUGGUAGCAAAAACGCUGCAACUACCAUCUCCAUUACCACCAAUGUGGCUGCUGCCACUGGCACUACUCCCAGCCCUGAAAGCAACGCCGUCAGUGGCACCAGCAUCACUACCUUUGCCACAGCUACUACCUUCAGCAAUGAAAACAAUCACAGCACAGGUUGGAAAUAUGAUGGCAGCAACACCACUAGUGUCCAGAGAAUGAUCAACAGAAGUGGCAAAAGUGGAAACUGCUACAACAGCAAUUUAACUGCAGGAUUGGGCUUCUCACCAAAAAGUGUUCUUCAAGUUUUAGGUUGCACUGGCACAUACUUGUACAGAAGGGAGACAGGACAUGAGCCAGGACGGUGUAGGAGAACCGAUGGGAAGAAAUGGCGUUGCAGCAGGGAUGUUGUUCCGGAUCAGAAGUACUGUCCGCGACACAUGCAUAGAGGUGCGAAGAAACGUGUGGAAGCUUUCAGUAAUUAUAACCCUGUUACUACUACUAGUGUUUGUGAGCCUCACAGGAUGUACACCACCAAAGAAGCAGACUCUGCUACCCUUGACACCAAUCUCUCCAUAUCAAUAGCAGCAAAUCCUGAAUUUGUGAACAAUGAUGUGAAAAGCCCUACCAGCAGCAGUGAUGCAACCAUUAGUGACACUACCAUCAAAGGAUGUGAAGACGGUAAAAUUUCUUCAUAGGUUGCUCUUUGUAGACUAACAGCGUGUGAUUUUAGGUCCUUAUUAUGUAUCCUUUAUUGGUUUUUGAGGUGGUUUUUUUUCCUCCAGGGGGAAACAGUUAAUUGUGUUGUUUAAUGUGGAAAUAUAAUCAUUGUAAAAUACUAAUGUGUAGUCAUACAGAAGCUAGUUGAUGAAAUUAUUUGAAUAGAACUUGUGUUCA